CUUAAAUCAGAAUUGUCAAUUAUUCCGAUGGAUAAAGUUCUUUGAUUAUUUCAAUUGUUGAAUCUGAGGUUUGUAUAAAUACUAGAAUUUCAUCUAGCGGUGCACGAAAUAAAAAUGCCAAAAUAUUUUUGAAAAAAGGUUGAAUUUGAGGUCAAUUGUAAAGUAGCACACAUUAAUUUGAGGUUAUGCCCUUAUUUGCCCUAGUUCUUUAAAUACGGAGUAAUGGUUUCUUGGUUUUUUGAAACUCAAGGAUCCAGCUUCGUACAUAUUCAAGCUGCUGCUUGGAUGAUGGCUACGAGAAGCAUGGAUAGAUUCAGUGAACUUCCCUCGGAAAUACUUGACAAGAUAUUGGGACUAUUGGACAUUCAAGAAGCGGCUAGAAUGGCCAUUUUAUCUAAAUUCUGGAGAGAGAUGUGGUUCAAUCUUACGGAUCUCAAUUUUGAUUGUAACUUCUUUUAUCACAUUGAGAAGAAAUAUUCAUCUGCUUACAGUCACUUCAGGACCAAAACGACAAAAACUGAAACGAUAAAUAGUGAUAUCUUGACCUCUGCUGGUAUGUGUAGGUAUCUUCCACCUUCUUUCUUGGAAGUUGCCAAGAUACACCUUAGCAUGGAGGCACCUUCUUGGAAAGAGCUCUCCAACAAAUAGGUGUGGGAGAAGAUAUGGAGAUAACUAGGAAGCUUGGAUGCAACUUCCUCAUGUCUCCAAACCAGCCCUAUAAAUAGAGUGCUCCAUUGUUGUUCAUAGUAUCAGUUUAGAAAGUGAGAAAAGUGUGUGAAGAGUGAAAUACACUUAGUGUAGAAGUGUAUUGGUGGUGAUUGGUUUUUUGUAAUAGUUGAGUGUGAGAGUUUGCUCCUCCUAUUGUAAUUCUGUUCUUGAUAUUGAAUAGAAAAAUUUUCCAAUCCCA